AUGGUCUUGACCCUCCACCACCUCGGACUUUCCCAGUCCGAGCGCGUCAUCUGGCUCGCCGAAGAGCUCGGCAUUGACUACAAAUAUGUGCACCACAACCGCGACCCUAUCUUCUCCCCGCAAUCAAUCAAAGACCUCCACCCCGCCGGCACGGCACCCGUAAUGGAGGAUGAUCCCUCCCCCGUCACCGGAUCAAAAGUCGUGAUCGCCGAAUCGGGAGCCAUCGCGGACUACCUGAUCGCGGUCCACGGCAACGGCCGCCUAGGACGUACGGCCAAGGACGGCGCAGAGUACGCGCCGUACCUUGAAUGGUUCCACUUUGCCAAUGGCAGUCUCCAGCCGACGCUAUUCCGAGUGAUGAUGGCCCGAGGCCCGGCGUCUGAUUCCAAGUCCCCGGUUGUUGCGCACACAGUAGCUAAAUGGAACCAUUUGCUCGACAUGAUGGAUGCACGCUUGGGUGAGACGGGCGCUUACCUUGCUGGCAAGGAGUUGAGCGCUGCAGAUAUUAUGACUGUCUUCACCCUGACCACGAUGAGAGGGUUCUGUCCGAUUGAGUUGGAUACAGUGAAGAAUGCGAAUAUCCUGGCCUAUCUGAAGCGUAUUGGCGAGCGACCGGCUUAUCAGAAGGCCAUGUUGAAGUGUGAGGGGGAGGGCUUCAAGCCGGUUCUUGGAUCGAAGGCUGAGGCUUUUAAUAUUAUGAAGCCUAAGAUUUAG